UGACUCCAGAUCUCAGCCUGCCUCAGGCCACUCAGAGAACAUCAAUAAUUGCUGAGUCCAGGUGCUGCUGCCGGACCCUAGGACAGAGCACCAGCCACCACCACAUCCACCACCAGCCCCACUGGAUCCAGCCCCAGCCACCAGCUUUGGUUCAUCUUGUCUGGUGCCAUGACCUUCUCCGAGAUUCUGGACCGUGUUGGAAGCAUGGGCCCCUUCCAGUACCUGCAUGUGACCUUGCUGGCCCUCCCAGUCCUCGGAUUAGCCAACCACAACUUGCUACAGAUCUUCACAGCCACCACCCCUGCCCACCACUGUCGCCCGCCACCCAACGCCUCAAUAGAGCCCUGGGUGCUCCCCUUGGAUCCAAAUGGGAAGCCUGAGAAGUGUCUCCGUUUCAUGCAUCUGCCCAAUGCCAGUCUUCCCAAUGAUACCCAGAGGGCCACUGAGCCAUGCUUGAAUGGCUGGAUCUACAACAGCACCAGAGACACCAUUGUGACAGAGUGGGACUUGGUGUGCAGCUCCAACAAACUGAAGGAGAUGGCCCAGUCGAUCUUCAUGGCAGGCAUACUGAUUGGAGGGCCUGUAUUUGGAGAACUAUCAGACAGGUUUGGCCGAAAGCCCAUCCUGACCUGGAGCUACCUAAUGCUGGCAGCCAGUGGCUCAGGCGCUGCCUUCAGCCCCAGCCUCCCCGUCUAUAUGAUCUUCCGAUUCCUGUGUGGCUGCAGCAUCUCAGGCAUUUCUCUGAGCACCGUUAUCUUGAAUGUGGAAUGGGUACCCACCUCCAUGCGGGCCAUCUCAUCAACAUCAAUUGGGUACUGCUACACCAUUGGCCAAUUCAUACUGUCCGGCCUGGCCUAUGUCAUUCCUCAGUGGCGCUGGCUACAGUUAACUGUGUCUGUUCCCUUCUUCAUCUUCUCCCUGUUAUCCUGGUGGGUACCAGAGUCCAUUCGCUGGCUGGUUCUGUCUGGAAAGUUCUCAAAGGCCCUGAAGACACUCAAGCGGGUGGCUACCUUCAAUGGCAAGAAGGAGGAGGGGGAAAAGCUCACCACUGAGGAGCUAAAGUUCAACCUGCAGAAGGACAUCACCUCAGCCAAGGUCAAAUACGGCUUAUCUGACUUGCUCCGGGUAUCCAUCCUGCGCCGUGUGACCCUCUGUCUCUCCCUGGCCUGGUUUUCUACUGGUUUUGCCUACUACAGUUUGGCUAUGGGGGUAGAAGAAUUUGGAGUCAACAUCUACAUACUCCAGGUCAUCUUUGGUGGGGUCGAUAUCCCAGCCAAGUUCAUCACAAUCCUCUCCAUAAGUUAUCUAGGCCGGCGCAUCACCCAAGGCUUCCUCCUGCUCCUGGCAGGAGGGGCCAUCUUGGCCCUCAUCUUUGUGUCUUCAGAAAUGCCACUCGUGAGAACAACACUGGCUGUAUUUGGGAAAGGAUGCCUGUCGGGCUCCUUCAGCUGCCUCUUCCUCUACACAAGUGAACUGUACCCUACAGUCCUCAGGCAAACAGGUAUGGGUGUUAGUAACGUCUGGGCUCGAGUGGGAAGUAUGAUAGCUCCACUGGUGAAAAUCACGGGGGAGGUGCAGCCCUUCAUCCCUAAUGUCAUCUUUGGGAGCUCGGCUCUAUUGGGAGGCAGCGCUGCCUUCUUCCUGCUCGAGACCCUCAACCGGCCCUUGCCUGAGACUAUCGAGGAUAUACAAGACUGGCACCAGCAAGUCAAGAAAACAAAGCAGGAGCCAGAAGCAGAAAAGGCAUCCCAGACAAUCCCUCUGAAGACUGGUGGAUCGGACCCAAGCUGAGAACAACAGAAUCUUCUUUCCUGCCCUCCAGAGACUGAUCCCAAGCAGGACCCUUCCAGUGCUCCUCAAGAACCCUGGGACUUGGGGGGGACCCUGGGUGGGCCCAUACUCUUAGAACUAAGAUUUUCUGAGAGUUCAGUCAAGGUAUCUCCACCAUCACCACCUCCACCGUAGCCCACAACCCAGACCUCACCUGUUCAAAGCUCUGGCCACAAGGCUUCCCUCCUCACCCCUGCAUUCAUCCUCCCUGAAACCCAGGCCCUGCCCUUCCAUCUGCCCGUUCUGUAUUGGCCACUUCCCUCCAUUGUCCCAUCUCCAUUUCCCUUGAGAUCCUCUAGCAGGUAGUUCUUCCCCCCUCCCCCCGAAUUCUUUCCUUGGUGGGAAAUUUCAAUAAACCACAAUG